AUGCCCCUCACUUCUGCCCUCAGCGAUCCUUCCUAUAUCCUCAGCUACCUGCCAACCUACUCCCAGCAGAUUCAUCAUUACCUUGAUCGCCCGCUGGAUCAGGCCGUUAGCCUCCUUGUGGUCAUCUUCUGCAAGUACUUGGGCAGCGAUGGUGACAAGAAUACCCUGGGCAAGAAGGACCUGAUGGAGCUGAUCCAGAAAGAGCUCACCAUUGGCCUGAAGCUGCAGGAUGCUGAGAUUGCAAAGCUGAUGGACGACUUGGACCGGAACAAGGGCAAAGUGGUGAGCUUCCAGGAAUAUGUCACCUUCCUGGGGGCCUUGACUUUGAUCUACAAUGAUGCUCUCAAGGGCUGA